UAGAAAAUGUUUUGGAAAUUGGAAAUUUUGUGCCGGUCUAUUAAUUUUUGCUAAAAACUUAUAGGGUUCUUUUCAUUGUAAAUUUCGUGAAUAGAUAUAUUGCCGGAACAAGAAUACUGAAAAUGUCUGAUUCUGAAAACACAGUUAAAGGUGAAUCACCAAUACCAACAACAGAUUUAGUUGAAAAUAAUAGCAACAAGUAUGUCCUAAAAUGCAAGUUCUGUGCAUCCAAAAUACUUGAUAAAAAGUCAGCCAAGUAUGUUGUUCAGGAGGUCCAAUUACCUCUUAUGCUGCAGGACUCUAGAAAAGAAGGGGAAGUGCAAAAUGAAACUAUGAAUGAGUUUUAUCAUGUUGAAAGCAUGUACACUUUUGAGAAUAUUGGAUUUACACACACAGUCAAUAACUACAAAUAUCUCAGUUGUGCAGACUGUGACGCUGGCCCCGUGGGAUAUUUUGACAUGAGUACAAAUCAAAGCUAUGUAGCUGUCUCCAGAGUGGAACAUGCAUAACAACUCGUUACCUCAAGACAUAAGUGAUGAAUUUAUAUCAAAAUUCUGUCACUUAUAGCUUCUGCCGCUUCUUUGUAUCAUAGGCAAAGGGUGAUUGUAAAUAAAAUCUGGAAACUAGAAUAUUGAGAACAUUCCAAAGUGCUUGAGAAUAAAUGAGAUUGCAGAACA